CACUGCACCGUUAUAUGAAGCUGCAUGAGUUCAUAUCGCUUGUGCGCUCUUUUGGAGAACUGAUGUCUGGCACUGGAUCAGCGGAGAGCGCGUCCAAACGUUCCUAACGGGAGUCGCUCAGAUUUCAGGAAGUCUUCUCUAUAUCAUGGUCGUGCAGUCGUGAUCCGUGCGGAUCUGCAGCCGGGCACCAUGUCCACCCGGCACAGCUUGAGUAUUGCGCUUCUGCCCGCGGUCUGUGCGCAUUUUGCGUCCUUGAUGACGGUCUGCUGCGCCGGGAGUCUCUUUCCAGGAGCUGCGUAUCCGAAUCAACACGACACACCAAACAUGCUGGAACAUUAUGACAUCAUUGAACCACGCCUGCUCAUUGGAGGAGAGCAGCGACCAAUCAGUCUCCUGAUGUCACUGGGUCAUCCUGGAUCACUGAAGGUGCUUAUUGAAGUGGACGGUGAGCAACUGCUGCUUGCUUUAUGGAAAAACGAAGGUCUGUUUGCUAGUCACUACACAGAAACACACUAUCUGGAGGAUGGAAGAGCGGUCACCACCUCACCAAAUGUCACGAUUCACUGCUUCUAUCAUGGUGAGGUGGAGGGAUACCUGCGGUCGGACGUCAGCAUCAGCACCUGCACAGGACUCAGGGGACUAAUUUCACUUGAAGAUAAAGUCUAUGUACUGGAGCCAACACAAGUGGGAAACAUCACUACACAUCGCAUAUUCAGAGGAGAACACCUUAAACUCACCCAGGGCACGUGUGGACAUGGUCACAACAUUUCAUACCCUGCAGAGUUCUCAAAUACUACAGAAUAUGAUUUCAGCUUUCACAGCAGCCGGCAUAAACGAGACGCCCAGAGCAGCACCAAGCAUGUGGAGUUGAUCGUUGUUGCAGACAACCGAGAGUAUCAGAAACAAGGGAAAGACGUGGAGAAAGUGAAACAGAGACUUGCUGAAAUAGCAAACUACGUCGAUAAGUUUUACAGAUCUCUGAAUAUCCGUGUGGCGCUGGUGGGGCUGGAAGUUUGGAGUGACGGAGACAAAUGUUCCAUCACUCAGGAUCCGUUCACAUCACUCCAAGAGUUCCUGGACUGGAGAAAGCUCAAGUUACUCCCGCAGAGGCCCCAUGACAACGCUCAGCUGAUCAGUGGAGUGUACUUCCAGGGCACCACUAUCGGCAUGGCUCCCAUCAUGAGCAUGUGCACAGCAGAACAGUCAGGGGGCAUUGUCAUGGAUCACUCUGAUAACCCCCUUGGUGCUGCAGUUACUUUGGCCCAUGAGCUUGGACACAACUUUGGAAUGAACCAUGACACGCCAGAACGGGGGUGUGGCUGCAGAGCAACUGUGGACAGAGGCGGCUGUAUUAUGACCCCCUCGACUGGGUACCCCUUCCCGACAGUCUUCAGUACGUGCAGUAAGAAGGAUCUUGCAGCGAGUUUGGAGAAAGGCGUAGGUAUGUGUUUGUUCAACAUGCCGGAGGUGAAGGUACUCUACGGAGGACAGAAAUGUGGAAACGGAUACGUGGAGGAGGGAGAGCAGUGCGAUUGUGGCGAUCUGGAGGAGUGUCUGAAUCCCUGCUGUAAUGCCAGCACAUGCACUCUGAAGGAGGAGGCAGUCUGUGCACAUGGACAAUGUUGUGAAAACUGUCAGUUAAAGCCUGCCGGUACUUCAUGUCGUGAAUCCAGUAACUCGUGUGACCUGCCGGAGUUCUGCACAGGCGCUGACCCUCACUGCCCUGCUAAUGUUUAUUUGCACGAUGGACACACCUGUCAGGGUGUCGAUGGACACUGUUAUAACGGCAUCUGCCAAACACAUGAGCAGCAGUGCAUUAUUCUCUGGGGACAGGGUGCCAAGCCAGCUCCAGGAAUCUGUUUCGAGAGAGUGAAUUCGGCUGGAGAUCCAUACGGGAAUUGUGGAAAAGAUGCAAAAGGAUUGUUUGCAAAAUGUGAAGCACGAGAUGCUAAAUGCGGGAAGAUCCAGUGUCAGGGCGGAGCCAACCGGCCAGUGAUUGGCACCAACGCUGUCUCCAUAGAAACCAACAUCCCGCUGCAGGAGGGGGGACGUAUCCUCUGCCGUGGGACUCAUGUGUACCUGGGAGAUGACAUGCCGGAUCCAGGCCUUGUGCUCACCGGCACUAAGUGUGCUGAAAACAUGAUGUGUAUAAACAGACAGUGUCAAAACAUCAGCGUACUCGGAGUUCAUGAUUGCUCUUCCAAGUGUAAUGGACAUGGGGUUUGUAAUAAUAAUAAGAACUGUCACUGUGAAGUCCUGUGGGCUCCUCCGUUCUGUGAUAAAGCUGGAUUUGGAGGUAGUGUGGACAGCGGCCCAAUGAGACCAACAGACAGUAGUAGUGUAAUAGUGGGGAUCCUGGUGGCCUUUCUGUGUCUAUUAUGUGUUGGAAUAAUUGCAUGUAUUAAGAGAAAAACUCUGAUCAAUCUGUUCUUCAAGAACAAGAAGAACACCAUCGAGAAACUGAGGUCUGUGGGACCCAACAGAAUGAACAGUCCAGUUCACACACUUUCAACUGGUCAUGCACACUCUGUGCACAGAACCUCUCCUCUAUGCCAGACUACAGCCAUACCACAAACUGCCACCAUAUAUAAGACCCAGUCUCCUUUGCAGACGGUGGAUUCCAGGGUCCGCAGACCAUCUCAGUGCCCACCUGUCCACCUCUCUCACCCACUACCGUUGACACUUGGCCUGGCAUUGAAACCACCACCACCACCCCAUCCUCACACACACUCGUCUCCUCCCAGAGCCGCCAAGCCAGCACACACACACUCACACACUUGCGCUCCAGCACCAGGAAAUGGCCACCGUGGUGUGGCUUGUCAGAAUGUCUUCAAGUUUGCCAUGGCGUUGGAGAAGCCCAGUCCACCCCAGAAGCCCCUACCUGCUGAUCCCUUGGGUCGGAAUGUCCGGCUAAUGCAGAGUCUGUCUGCUGUCCGACUCCCAGCUCCCAUCCCGACCCCAGUCACCCAAAGACCCGCCCCUCCUCACCCACAUCCCAGAAGGCCUCCCCCUAAACAGCCACCCACCCUGCCGAAGCCUCACUACCCAACCGGUGUGAAGUACAGCAGCUGAGAGCAAGACAGAUGGGAUCUCGUCCCUGGAGAAACACGAUUGUUUGCACUAUGAACCUCUGCAGACCGGCAGACACAUUAAUGUGAGGGGUAACCUUUGACCCCCACGGUGCUUUCCCUCUAAACGGUGCUAUGAGUCGACACUCAGGUACAUGUCACGCGUUAUUUAUGAUCGUAUUUAUUUCCGCACAGUGCACUGUGGUCGACACUUUUUUAAAAUCGUAGCAAUCAGUGGUUGGCCCACAUUUACCUGAUUAUCCUUUUGUUGUUGUUGCUAUUGUUGUUGUUAUGACAAUAUUUUGAAAUAAUUUAACUGUGUGCCAGCAGAUAAAAGAGAAAAUGUGUUAUCUGUGAAAAUCAACUCCAUCAUUUGGACACUCUGAUUGGGCUAAACUGGACUGAAAAUUGUUUAAAUGGAAACAUGAAUUGGGAGUUACACUUUAAUAUGGAUGUUGUGUUUCCAAAAUGCAAAUGUUUACCGUUCAAUGAAAUGUUUUUCGCAGAUCACGGAGAUCUCUUAUAUGAUGUAAUAAGGGCUUUUUAAUGUAAUAUUAUGUAGUACCCAUUUUUAUCAUAUAUUUCAAACAUACAUGGUUAAACCAGAGUUAGGAUUGUUGUGCUAUAUUUUAGUGAUAUAAGGGAUGUUGAAUGAGACCAUCAGUGAACUUACAGUAAGUAUAUGAUAUACUCCGAUUAAGACUGAAUCUCAAGUAAACUUGCCGAGGACACAUUUGACCCCAAAGUCAAAAAUCAAAAGUAAAAAUAUUAGAAGUUUUAGGACAAUUACACGGGUAGUUCACCUAAAAAUGUAUAUUCUGUCAUCAUUCCAUAACACAUGUGACUUUCUUUCUUCUGUUGAACACAAAAGAUGUUGACAGCCUCAGUCACCAUUUACUUUCAUUGCAUCUUUUUCUAUUAAUGAAAGGGAAUGAUGACUGAUGUCAGGUAUUUCUGCCUCUUAACAUCCUUUUCUACAGGUUUUAACAACUACCUGUGCACCUGAUGUGUUCCACAGAACAAAGACCCCUACAGGUGUGGAACAACUAUCCUUCAAGGAUAUUUUUGGUGACAUUAUUUUCAUGCCAAUUAUGCAAAACAUUGCAACAGAUUAUAUGCACCAGUCCAGCACAAGUACACAAGUCCGGCUCUCUCAUCUGAUUUCAAAGCUUGUAAGGAAAAUAGACAGAGGCAGUUGUUGUAUUGCAGUCUUGUUCUGUUUAACUUUUCUUAAUCACACAUCUGAAAAUAUAAAAUAAAUCAGUGCGCCAAACCUGUCCUCUUUUUAGAGUCAUGUAGCAGUAUUUCCUUAGAUGUAAUGUACACAUUGUUCUGGUAGGGAAAUGAAUAACCUUUUGGAUUAUAUUUGUACUCUAAAGAUUAACUUUUUUACAUUUGACCAGAAAUAAUUGUGGAUUGUGGUUAAUGAAAAAAAAAAAACUGGAUGAAUCCUUCUCUAUCACCAACAAUAUCUCUUAAUAUUCUCAUGAUCCUCUUUGGUCUCCCUCAAACACAUUAUGGUUAGUAGGUUUGUUUGGAAAAUGAUCAUGGGAGAUUUGGUAGGAUUAAAGAAAACAGUACUGCAGGAAUAGAUCUUCACAAAUUUCCUAAAUACUUGAUCAUGGAAAUGCAAUUUAAAAAUGUGGUUUAGUGGUGUAAUUAUGGUCAUCUCUUUGUACUGACACCAGGGUCCAAUAUUAGUACUCGCCAAGAGCCACAUGUGAAAAAACAAUGGGUUUUGCGCAUGGUGUGUAACUUUAGUAGGAACUGCAAAAUUAUAUGUUUUAAAUUAAAUUGUAAUAAAGAUAGCAACUAGGGCCCAUAUUCAUAGAAAAUCUAAAGGCUAAAAGUAGCUCCUAACACGGGAAUUUAGGAGCAACUCUUAAAAAUUAGGGGCGUGCCACUCCUAAUUUUAGGACUUGUAAAAUUUUCAUCUAAGAGUAACUGAUAAAGCAUUUUAAUGCUAAAAGUAGCUCCUUAACCCACGACAGUUUAGAAGUCGUCCUGAGGACUUCUAACUCCCUAAGCGUGACUCACAAACGAUCCGAAGCAUGUCUGCUGUCGUCAAUCCAUAUUAAAAACAAUAUAUUAGAAUAUUAUUAUGACAUUGACCGUUUAAAAAGGUAUCGUCUGAAUCGCAAGGGUGUUAUUAUUAUUGUAAACUUAGUUAGAGAUGCCGUUACCUCUCCCAGAAACUGAAACAACCAAAUUACACCGGAGAUAAAGGUUUUGACAAAUCUGCGCUCGCUGGCCACAUAAAAAUGAUACUGUGUAGCCCGGAAGAAUUGGGAAUUUCUGUGAUACAUUAAUAGAAUAACUGAUCAAACUAUAUUUGCCCACUCCAGACCGCAUGAUGCACGCUCGUUUCAUUACAUAGAAAGAAGAAAUGUUCAUCAAAUGAAAAAUCUAUCUGUCUGUCUGUCUGUCUAUCUAUCUGUCUGUCUGUCUGUCUGCUGCCUGUCUGUCCGUCCGUCCAUCUAUCUGUCUGUCUGUCUGUCUGUCUGUCUAUCUGUCUGUCUGUCUGUCCGUCCAUCCGUCUGUCUGUCUAUCUAUCUAUCAUCUGUCUGUCUGUCUGUCUAUCUAUCAUCUAUCUAUCUGUCUGUCUGUCUGUCUAUCUAUCUAUCUGUCUGUCUGUCUGUCUAUCUAUCUGUCCUUCCGUCCGUCCGUCUGUCCAUCAAUCUAUCUAUCAUCUAUCUGUCUGUCUGUCUGUCUAUCUAUCUAUCAUCUAUCUAUCUGUCUGUCUGUCUGUCUAUCUAUCUAUCUAUCAUCUAUCUGUCUGUCUGUCUGUCUAUCUAUCAUCUAUCUAUCCGUCCAUCUGUCCGUCUAUCUAUCAUCUAUCUGUCUGUUUGUCUGUCUCUCUGUCUGUCUGUCUAUCUAUCUGUCUGUCUGUCUGUCCAUCCGUCCGUCCGUCUAUCUACCAUCUGUCUGUCUGUCUGUCUGUCUAUCUGUCUGUAUGUCUGUCCAUCUGUCCAUCCAUCCAUCUCUGUCUAUCUAUCAUCUAUCUGUCUGUCUGUCUGUCUGUCUCUUUAUCUAUCUGUCUGUCCGUCCAUCCAUCUGUCUGUCUGUCUAUCUAUCUAUCUAUCUAUCAUCUGUCUGUCUGUCUGUCUGUCUGUCUCUUUAUCUAUCUGUUUGUCUGUCUGUCUAUCUGUCUGUCUAUCUAAGCUGACAAACAGCAGUUCCCUGUCUACCAAUCACUAAGGGCGAUUUAAAAGUAUGCGCUAAUAAAAUGUGACGUCAUCUAUAGCAACGAGGUCAACUCCACCUUACUCUUAUCUUAAUAUUUCCUUACUAAAACUUGCUCUUAGCAGUUUUCUGAAUAGGUUUAAGCAAAAACUCCUAGCCAAGAACUCUUUGGAGAACUCCUUGUGGAAGAUAAAAAGUUAUACGCAUCAUGGCAGUUUCCUGGUGAAAUGAACACGAGGCGCUGAAACAACAAUGACUUUUAUUCACUUUCACACAAAUCACGAGUAAAACUGCACAUUAUCAGUUAAUAAAUACUCACUUUUCACAUUGUUCCUCACACAAUGCUAUCUUAUGACAUCUAAACACUUUUACAAUAGCUCAUGGAUUAAUUUAACAUUUUCAAUACAUCAUUAACUACAUUUACAUGCUUGUUUUAGCGUGAUCGAAUUGCACGGUAGCUCAACUGACAGAGCGUUGUGUUGUCAACAGAUUGUGACGCAAAGGUGUCCUGAAGAGCACGCAAGACGACAUGUGAGCCAGAAGUUUCAUAGAAGCACCAUAAAAUGCGUUUUGUAUCUUACAUUUGCUUUUAAUGGCCUAAAGGCAAUAAUUAGUAAGGCACGAUUUUCAGUUGCAUUAUUCACUUAACCUUCUGAGACCCGAGCGUGACUGCUGUGUGCAUUUUACAUUUCCCUUUUUGAUUUGUAACUAGUAGCACCUAAUAAACAUAAACAACUCUAUAGUCUUUUGACUAAAAUGGGUCUCAAUGUAAAAACGUAAUUAGGUUUCUUACCAGAUU